AUUGGUAGUAGCGCAGGAUGAGUGUACAAGGUAUGAAAAACAUUAAACUUCUUUAUAUUCUUGUGUAUCAGCUUUUACAAUCAAAGUCAGUACAGCUAAAGCUUAUUGUAAGCUUAAGCUUUUAUGAUGGUUUUCAAAUCUGUUGUCUUGUUUAAUUCCUAGUCUCUAAGUGGACAAAAUUUUUCACGCAAGCCGGGAUUCCAGGCGCCCCUGCAAGCAAGUAAGCCUGAUAUAGUAUCGUUUAAUUUCUUCCGCCUUAAACCAUCGUAAGCUUCAUCUUGGGAGAUGAACUAGACAGGGAUAACCUCUUCAUCUCCUUUUUCUUUGUGAAUAAACAGUUUAUAUUAUUAUUUUUAAAUUAAAAUAUUAUUAUUAUUAUUAUUAUAAAUAUUAUCUUUUGAAGUUCUAUAGUUGGCAUUAACAGAUAUAGCCUUUUGAUUGUCAGUUCAUUUUGUAAACUAUCGAUUGUGUCUGUUAUUUAGCAGUUGAUUACCCAAAAAUCUUAGUCAAAUAGAUUUAAAAGCAUGCUAUUUUUUCUGUAAUAAUCAGUGUGAAAGCCAAGAUCCUUGCUUAAGAUCUUCGCUUAAGAUCCUCAAUGGAAUGUGCCAUUUUGUAUCCCCCCCCACCCCUUAUGAGUCACUGUUUAUCACCUCUACACUUCAUUUGAAACUCAAAAAGUUGAAGACCCCAUACAUUUAUUGUGGCUGCUUUAUCAUGGAAUUCAGGUGUCCCUCUCUCCCAUGCCCCCCCACAGGUUAGGGGGUGGAGACAUAUGACAUUUCAGACUAUGCUGCACUCCCACAUUCGAUGUCAGAAUUUAUUAUGUAAAUCGUGCAACUAAAGGACCGCAGGCGCAGUUUUUUUAAGUUAGAUAUUAAGUGGGUCAAGGAUGAAAAAUACAGGUGUAUCAGAUUUUGUUGCCAACUUUAUCACCCUUGUUAAAAGUAUAAUUGGAUAAUAUUAAUGAAAAUUGUUAGAAUCUUAUUUACAUAUAUAUCUUGUCCUUAUUUGCUUACUGCAGUUAUGCUGUUAUAUUUUAUGACAAUCGCAUAAAGGAGGACAUGUUACCUGACCUGACAAAGGUUUGUAGAAGUCCAGUGUUUGCAAUUCCAUUUCCUUGUUGGAAGGUGCAUGAACUGAAAAGGGUUGCUUUUGUAAGUGGUCAUUUGUAAUGCAAUUUACAUUGUAAUUUAUUACUGGAAGUAAAAGUGUGUGAUAAGCCUCUAAAAAUAGAGGCAGACUGUACUGCUACCGUGUUAGGAGGUGAAGAGUGACUGGUUUGUACCGGUAAUGUCUCAUAUUGCCGUAAAUAGAAAAUGUUUCAACUUGGAUGUUUCUGAAUAGACAGUUCAUCACUUAUGCAAGAAAGUCUUUUUUUGACGAGAUACGUGUACAUCAAUCAAGCAAGCAAUAAAUCAACAUUAUUCAUUCUUGGCCAAUUGUUUUAAGCUUAUACAAGCUAGAAAAAAAGCCAGAAAAAAUUCAGGAUCAUACGGGAUUCAAAGCCUUGAACUCCGUGAUACCAGUGCAGGUUUGAUACUGGCAGACUGUCCAACCAUCCUGAUCUCGUCAGGAUUCUCCCAAAAAUCCCGAAACCUGACCAGUAUGUGAUCAGGAUAGGAAAAAUCUCAAUUUUGAGAUCUGUUCUGAUAUUUCGUAUGAAUUCUUAUGAUACUUAUACAAGUAUCAUAAGUAUACUUAACUGAAACUGAUAUCCAAAAGGUAUCAUAAGAUGCAGCACUUGUCCUUGAAGACACGUAACAUAAAUAAGCCUCUACAUUCCCACCGGGGAUCGACCCCCAAAAAAUCUAGAGGGGUUUAUAUGGAGUUUUCUGAGCAUAACUGGGUUAAUAUCUCAGAGACAAUUUCCCCUGAAAUGCUUAUUUUUGGCAAGUAGGCCGUUUGGUCAUUGUUCUUUCAGAAUAUUCUGACAAAUCUCAAAAGAAAUUUAAUUUUUAUGAUGCCACACUCUAGUACUCUAUAUUACUACUUACUCAAAAGCUUGGACAGUCUGUACUAGGACGGAGCAGGUCAUUGAGUUGGUUCAUUAUAAACUCAUGAGAGGAUCAGACAGUGAUCAUACAUGUAUAUUCAUUAUUUCAAUGAUAAGUGUAACCUGAGAGCAGGCUCAAUUUUUGUUUUGCUUUGUAAAUAACAUUGUGGCGGGCAAGGUGAAACAAAAAUGGUGGUAGCCGUUAGAGAGAAUGUAUGAUAACCGCUAAAAUUGGGCCUGAACUCAGGUUAUGAUAAGUGUCCAAAGCAAUGUUUAUUUUGAAUUAGGAUAGGUUAUGUUCAAUUCAAUCCUCUGACAUGGUGACUGCUAGUGACAUCACAAAUGAUUUUAAAGUUUAUAAUAUGGUCUGUAACGUGAAUAAUAUAAUAUAUGGUCUGUGACAUACUGCAGUAAGAGGGCCAAGAAGAUCAGCACGUGCAAGAACAUCUACCUGGAACACUAUUUACAGGGACUUUGAGUCACACUAGAAAAAAGGGGGGAGAUGUAGUGUCGGGUCUUAGGGGACUUAAUGUACGAUAAUUAGAUGCGGAAUGGUUGUAACACUCUAAGAAAUUAAAGUAGGGACUUGAUUUGCAUAUAGGACAGUGUAGAAUGGACCAGUAGGAGGACUAUUAAUGAAACUAAGGGCGUAUAAUGUAAUCGUUUAUUGAGCUCGAUUUGCGACUUCACACCUUUUUUCCAGGAAAUUUUACAAGACAUGGGAAUUACUGUGAUGGGAGACAUCAUUGCCAUUUUAAGGCAUAGCAAACAAGUUCAUGCACAGGUAAGCCAACUAUGUCGGUUUUUCUUAUCAGUUGUUGAUUGUUUUUCUUGGAAGCAUUUCUAGUGAACUAACCUUUUUGCUCCAGAACUCACCUUGGUCAUCUUGAAAUUUUAUCAAAAUAAGUGGUCAGAUUAUUAUAGCUAAAACUCAUUUUGUUGCAUAUACUGACCUAGUCAUUAAAAACCUAGUUACUUUCAAAUUUUAUGCUAUUACGGUGAACUACAAAUUUCCAUUCUGUCAGUAUUGUUGCCUUUUUGUCCAUGGCAAGUGAUGAUAUUGUUUCACCAAAUACAUAUACACUAUCUUAAUACAAUACAACUUAGGCUUAUUCAUGUACUCCUAUCAGAGUGGACUCUUGAUUUACCUGGUAAACUCUAAUGUGAAUUAACCUUACAAAAUCAAAUUCGCUUGUAUAAGGAACUCUCAAACAUUUCAUUUGCCUUUCUGUCAAACUUUUAAUAAGUACCUAAAUUUAUAACACUUUACACUAUACAAAUGGCGACCAUUCAAAUUCAAAUUCAAAUGGUAACCAUUCAAAAGGUUUCAGCGAAAAUUGUAUGCCUUGGAGGGGAAACUGUUUAUGUAUCCAUCAAAUUUGCAGAGUGAGAGAGAGAAGUCAGCAAAAGACAUGGCUGCUACUGAUGAUCCAGAUUCAUCAGGUGAAUCGUCACCAAGCAAUCAAGUUCCUGUUGGUGCUAAACGUAAAUCAACAGGUAUACCUUGCAGUUUAUGUUAUUGAUAUGCUCAGGGCCCACAAUGAGGGACACAUGUGUUGAGACAAUCGUCCAUAAAAUGGCUCUUUUUUGGCUACAGUGUAUCUAUAUCCUGUCAUCCUGUGCACAUCCAUUCCCUCCCCCCAAACCAAUGUUGUAUCUUUUACCCUCAAGUCUUCCUUCAACUACAAAUAACAUUGAUUCAGGGGUGGAUCAAUGGAGAUUUAUGUCAUUUAAACAGAAUUGUAUGUUAUAGGAUUGUCACUAAGAUUUCAAGUUGUCGAGUAAAUACGACAAGUACCGUAGGUGGGGAAUCAAACAGCUAGCGAUUUCUUUUGGUUCUUUUAUUUUUCCAGGUUCAUAGUAUCUGGGGGAAAUCCCUGUCCCCUGCCUCUUAAUGAGUGCCCUAAUAAAUGAAUGAAAUUGUUGAUAAAAGCAACUAUGCAUUUUAGACAUGUGUGUCAACUGCUUUUAUCACUGAUUGCAGUUAUUUUAAGACCCUCUUAAGGCUGUGCCAACCUGCAGUUUUUACCCAACACUUCAGUUUACUCUAUCCCAGAUAGACUCUCUUGGUUUGGUAAUUUAAGUAAAGUACAUACCUCUCUCUUUGAAUAAAGGCUCAAUAAUAUUUUAGAAGCUUCAGAUACAAAUUGCACCUUGAUGAUAGCCUGCAUAGCCAGCAGGAUUGUUAGCAUGAGCAAAGCUUUGGUGGAGGAGCUGCAAAAACCAUUACUUGCUUCCUGCUUGUGGCUUUGCUACCCAAAACUCUCACACUUGCAAAAACAAUUCUGCAAGCUAUGCAAGGUACCUUGAUGAAAAAUUUUGUAUAACAAGUAUUUCACCUUAUAACCUACAAUUUCCUCUGGUGACACAGGGAGUCAAUGUGUAUGUGAUUAGCCACCUUUGAUCAGUCAUACUACAGACACAAGGGUUUCUGUGAAACCAUCUUCAUCAGACAUUAUGAAUGUUGAACCAGUUCUUAAGAAUCCAUUCUAUUGACUCACUUUCAUAGUCACAUUUGCAGCGUUCACAGGGCCUCAAUAAUUUGCAUCAUUGGAAGUUUCAUUGUUGUAGAUCACAGUUGCAAUCAAAAUAUGUGGAUGAUAACAUACUUGUGUUGAGAUCAAAAGUUCAAACUGAAUUUCCCUUGAAACAGAUGACUUUUCUUUUGAAUUUCUCCUAUCUUCUAGUUUUGUUUGUUUCCCUUUCAUGCUUUCUACUUUUUUUCACUCAGUACUGUCUGGGAAAUCUACUGUACAUGGCCCUUCAUGGACAUGAUGGCAUAUUAGCUUCAAUUAUUUCUAACCACAGUAAAAGUUCACUGUCGUGACUUGUUCGUUUUUAGCUGCAAGCCGCAUGGUGGAUCAUUGGAUGAACAAACAGAAGUUAGAAAGUGGAAGUACCAGUCCUGCACAUGAUCCCGAGUCAUCACCAUCCCCAUCCAAGAAAAAGCUCACCAUUCAUACAGUAGUAUCAGACAAACCUCAACCAGCAAGGUCCCAGAAAACUCUUUCUGAAAGGUGUGUAUCAUACAUUGUAAUGUUUAGCUUGUUCCCUGCGCCCAGGUGCAGAGUUGUAACCGGUCAUUUCUCCCCGCCCUGGUUACUUACAGUGUAGCCCCCUAUUUUCGAGUCAUUUAGCUUUCUUCAAAUAUAAUAUUCCUGGUUCUAUGAGCCACAAAACUGAACAAGGGCGUUUUAAAUGUAAUAUUCCUCGUUUUACAAGCCAUAGACCAAAACAAGUGCGCUUCAAAUACAAUAUUCCCUUUUCUAAAAUAGGAGGCUAAGUAACCGGGGCAAAAUGACUUUAGAGAAGCGCGUUCAAGGGAAGCGCGAAGCAGAGUGCCCCGGAAAUCUUGCUCGCAAGCUAGGUCACUCCACAGGAAUCCAUCCAUCUAUUUAAAAACGUUAAGACACCUUUCAAGACUCUCUGAUUCGCGCUGGCAGUGAAAGGGUUAAGCAGAAAGUGGAAUUUUCAACUUUUGAUCUACCUUACUUUCGAUGCAGAGGUACACAAUUUGGGGGAUUAUGGAGGCUUUGUUCUGUUUUUUUUUCCGAGUCAAUAGCGGAGUUCAUGUUCAUACAUUUUCUGUAAUUUUGAUACUGUCGAAUUACAGAAAAUGUAUGGGAAAAUCAGGGUUUUCUAAAAUCUGAUCAUGGACUUCUUUGCACUCCAGAUUUGGUGUAUUGUUUCUUUGAACUCGUAAGUUACCCUAUUCAAAGAGAAAGCAUCAAAUAUAUGAAUUCAGGAAGAAAUAGCGGGGCUUUGAAUUCUUAUACAAAUCUACUAAUUUCCCUCCGUCUUGCCCUGAUUACCCAUGAUGCAACUAUGAGCGUUAACUCCUCUAUUGUGAAAUUAUAUGUUAAAAACUAAAUCUCGCUCUUUGGCUACGUUCAAACGGCUGACAAAUGUGACUGGGGUCGGAUACAUCUCUCACAUGGAACCGUUCAAUAUUUAUGCUUUUUUCACAUGGUACUGACGACUUUUCUCAGUGGUUUUACCAUCUACCCAUGCGCAGAGCGUCACUUUGCAACUCUGAAAUGGCAUCUUCCAGCUGAGUUAGCCACGCAGCCAUGCAACCACGCCUUUGAGACACCCUUACCUUAUAAGACUUUAAACAGUCGUGGUGUUCACACUGCGCUGGUCAAAUUUUCGACCAUGCCGGCUAAAAUUGGCAUUAAAAUUUUGGAACGGCUAGGCGUCUAAAUAUUCGUACGGUUAGCGUUGUUCCACAUGAACGGAACACUUUACACGCACGAAUUCUUAACCGGUCGACUUGGGACCUGUUUCCCGAAAGUCCCAGUUUCUUUUCGCACCCGAAAUCAAAUAUUCUCAUCAAAAUCUAAAGAAUAAGAGCACGGGUCCUACCUAACAAACCUGUCCAUUUUGUUUUGUUGACUGGUAGUUUCAUCAUGCUAUCUGCAAAACUUUUGAAACUUCCUUCUUGAAUAUAAACAACAACAGUUUAUUAUCGGAACCUUUGGUCCGGUACUAUGUGAAUGUAGUCUUUGUCUUUCAAUGCUUCCUGUACCGUCUCUUCGCGACGCGUCAAAGUGAGAUAUUCGGUGGGGGUUCGAGGCGCUCGAUAAUUUUGUUACUGCACUGAUUUGGGCAGCUGACUCUGGCGUGACCUUUAUCCCCUCGAUUACCAUGGCAGAGGUUAGCUCGCAGGCUGGUUUAUUGAGACAUUUGUUCCUUCUUGUAGAUUUGGCGGGAAAGGAGUCAAGCUGUUUUCCAGAAAGCCAGAGAAAGUCAGUCAAAAGAUUGAAGGGGAACACACGCUAAAAGUAAAACUGCCUGCAGGAUCAACUGCACGGAGCAAGAAGCUGAUUGCGAAGCAAAAACAGGCGGCAGCUUCCGCUGUAGGUAGGUUAAACUUAAAGUGCUAUCAUAACAUCAUUGUGUUUACUGACACCCCCCCCCCCCCCCCCCCCCCCCCCCCACACAAAAUUUCUCCUUUUUUUCCCCUACUCUUUUGGUUUGUAGGUAUGGUUGUGUUUCUGUUCUGCUCUUGUCAUUGUUGGUUUUUUUUUUUUGUUGUUUUUUAUAAACGAAAAAUAAAAUAAAGUCAAUCACCUAGCAAGAGANAUUACAUGUGGCUGACGCAAAGCGCGGGAAAAUACAUGCGAGCGCGUCACAAUUGGCUUUGGUUUUACUUCUGAUUGGAUGAAAAGGUGACGCGAAUCUUUUAAGCCAAUCGCAUCGUGUAGAAAGUGCAAAACCAAUUACUUUUCGACACUCAAAUGAAAACCGCUCUAUUAGCUAAUUGACAUUGUAAUAAGGUAGACAGUGAACAGGCGCCCCUCUUUCUCAGGGCCGCGCGCGUCGAGCAAAAAGUAAACUUGUGCAUUCCCCUCACGCACGCUCUCAAUCUAUUGUGAUUCAAAAAAAGAAAAAUAAGAGACUGCUCGCAGUAUAGUUUCUUGGACACUAAGCCUUGGUUCCCCGGGGCAGGGCUAAUCCCUAUCAUUGGCUGUACGUGGAGGCUCCUCCUGAAAGGGGGUAGCUUUUUCAGGUUUCAGGUAGAGAAUUCACGAGUUCAAGCACAUGGAAGGGUAGGAAAAUCUAUCAUUAAAGUAUAUUUACCCUUUAAAAAAGGUCUUUUAAUUUAAAUUUUUCGAGAAAGCGCGCUUUAGCGAGUUAUACUCAAGUGAAAGGGGUACCAUUUUUCAAUUGAAGAAAGUUAUAUAAACGGUAAGGAACCUACCCGUGUAAAACCUUUGUUGAGUACCCUUCCCCUGGGCUUUGGUUUUACUUUGUGGCAUUUCUGUUUUGCAGUCAACAAAGCAAAGGUGAUAAAGAAACAGUCAGUGUUUGAUCGCUUGGGUAAAGAAAGUCCUCCAUUAACGGUAACCAUACCCGCAGAGAAGAAGCAAACUGAGUUAAAACCACUCAAACCUUUAAAAACAAGCGUUGCUGUACAGCUUAAGGUAAGCGAAAGGUUAUAGUGGUGGAAAUGGUGUUCCUGCUAGCAUGAGAGGAGUAUUGUCCAGAUUGUACUUACGGAUUACCUCCAUUAAGCCAUUUUCGAGUUCCAGAAAUUCGCACUUUUAAAAAUGGGGCCAAGUGGAAAACCUUUCGGGACCUUCCAAAAAAAGCUUCAUAAGCAAAACAAGUCUGCACGUACAUCAUGAUUUUCUGUCAAUUUCUUUGGCAUCCUUAUACAACUACGACGUGAAAUGACCAAGUUUCACGUUAUUUUUUUCUUUUGAGAACGUGAACGGCAAGGCGAUAAAUGUUUCUCACGCCCUGAUUUUACUGAAUCUUUCUGGGCUUGGACGCGGUCCUUUCCCCUUAUGUCCGUCUUAAUUUCCCAACUUUAAAAGACUGAACUAAUUGGAAAAAUCGAGAAAAAGAUUGACAGGACGCGAAAUAAUGUUUUCAGUGACGCUUUUACUGGCGUCGCUGUUGUUAAGUCCCGUGCAAACGGACGCAACAUUGUUAGCCAACAACUCCCAAAAAUGUUGGAUGUUACAUGUUGCGUCUGUUUGCACACCCUCUUGCAUGUUGUUGCGUGUUGUUGGGAGUUGUUGCGCAAAGUUUGAAAUCGGUCAAACUUUCAGCUUUGUGCAAACGGACGCAACAAGUCGUUGUUGCUUAAGCUUCUUAUUGUCGGCUUCUUUCCUCCCUUUUCAAGUACCACUGUUUUUUUUUGCAGGAGAAAGGACAGUCCUCCGUUUUCAGUCGUCUGGGAGAACUGGCUUCACCAGCAACUCAGACAACUGUCCAAGCUGUAAAUCCAAGAGUACGGCUUCCCUCGGACGAUGAACCUCAUGCUGGUGUAGACUAUACAAGUCACAGCGUUCUUCAACCGGUUAAAGGGAAAAGAAAUCAGGCUAAACCGGUUAAACCAGUGAAACCGGUCAAGCGAACCCUAGGAUUAACCUCGGACGUAGAUGAAAAAUCGGUUUUCGCGCGACUGGGUUCAAAAGUACAGCAGUGAAAAUGCAGUAAUUUUGAAUCGGUUCUUCGAAACUGGAGAUUCUUUUUAAUCUCUUGCAGUUAUGAUCAAAGCGCGAGUUUUACUUCAUGAACUAGUCACUCAUCCGGCGACUAUCUGGAGCUUACUAUGUCUGGCAGACGGAUAAAACCGGAUGGACAGGAGGAAAAAUAAUGAACCCUCGCGUGUGACCAUUUAUAACGAAGAAUACUUUAUGGUUUUUAUGAUACCACUUCGUUUAACACGGAGAUAUAAAAUUCCGACAUUUGUAGUGAAAAACUACAUUCUUCUGCUUUUUAUGUGGUAGUUGUUGACAGUCAACAAUAAACUGUUUUUCUUUAAACUUGGGGACUACGUGAGUAACACCUGAGUCGGUCCCGUGGUCUGGAGGCUUACGCGGGACAAAGUUUUCAUAUUUUUAGUGAUAU